GUCAGCCUCCACUGAGCAACACGCGGCAGGCGAAGGCCACACAUCCAUCAGGUGACCAUGGCCAUGACUAAUGGAACCACAUCACCAAACUCAACAGAUAACUGCAUGCUUCCUUACGAAAAUGACAGACUUCCUCUCCUGGUUGUGUACAGCAUUGUCUUCAUUGUGGGUCUACCUGCCAACAUGGUCACAGUCUACCUCACGUUCCUUCAGGUCUGUCGGAAGAACGUGUUGGGAAUAUACUUGUUGAGCUUGUCUGUGUGUGACUUGAUGUACCUAGGAACACUACCCUUGUGGACUAUUUAUAUAAGCUGGAAUCACACCUGGGAGCUGGGCUCCCUGGCUUGUAAAGUCACAGGCUACAUCUUCUUCAACAAUAUGUACAUCAGCAUCUUCCUACUGUGCUGUGUCUCCGUGGACCGUUACGUGGCAGUGGUGUAUCCGAUGGAGUCUCGGGUUCUGAGGAAAAUGAAACGGGCUGUAAUAGUCACUGCAGUGAUUGUGGCAGUGGUGGCUCUGGGCCACAUGCCAGUGUUUACCAUGACAGAAGGUGACACAGAGGCCAGGCAGGAGAAGCGUUGCUUUGAGCCUGGGCAAAACACACUCACUGUAACAGGUUUCAACUACGCCCGCUUUGUCAUUGGAUUCUUCAUUCCUCUGUGUAUUCUACUUGUCACUAACCAUGCUGUCCUUAUCAAAGUGGAGGAAAGCGAAGGCCUAAGGUCAGAACAGAAGAUCAAAGUCCGUUACCUUGCUGUAGCAGUCAUCCUGUUCUUCCUGGUCUGCUUCACCCCCUACCAUGUCAUCCUUUUACUACGGGCCAUUAGUUACCACUUCCCAAGCUGGGGUUGUGAAUUUGACAGUACAGUCUAUACGCCUUACACCAUAUCUCUUGGCCUCUCCACCAUUAAUAGUGCCAUGAACCCAGUACUGUAUGUGCUGGCUAGUGACAAUGUCCGGAAAGACAUCCGGAGAAGUUUGACCAGCCUACUCAGUGGCAGCUUGUUCCGCACUCAUUUGUCAGACAGAAACCACAGCCUCCGAAACUCCUCAGGUGCACGCAGUUAAAAGGUACAUGCCUGUACCUAGACAGAUGGCAAGCCACAGUGCUAAUAGGAAGUGAUGAAAACUAACAUUUGUUCUCUUUAAUGAACAAAGUUGACACCAGAAUUAGGGCAUUAUUUAAUUUAAUUUAAUUAUCCUUUUCUUUAUUAAUUUCAUCAUCCCAUUACCUUUUAUGAUGGCAUCAAACAGGACACAAACAGUACAAAAGAUAACUGCCUCCAAAACUCUUUAGUACAAAGAGUUCAAAAACGAGAGCAAAUCUCACAUGGCUUCAAUGAUUUGUAAUGUAUGACAGUUACCUAGCCUUAGUAAAAUACUUUUUUAAAAAUGUUUUGGCCAGAUUCCUAUUUGAUUUCCCUAUUUCCUUACUCAGAUACACCUGGUUCAACUCUGUUAAUUGGCACGUUUAGUGGGCCUGUUUGAGCAAGGAAAUCACCAAACUCUGCUGAAAACCACCCCUCCAGUGCCAGAAUUAAAGAAGCUUGUCAGCAAAAGCAACAGAAUGCAUAGAUAUGUUGCAUGUGACUUGUGCUGCUUGGAAAAAGUGAUGUGGUGAACUGGACCUUUGGUUUUCACCACUGUAAAGUGCAGACAUUUUGAAGUACUGAAUAAAACUAUAACUUUGUUCAGAUUUUUUUUUAAAUAAACAUGAA